GACUGUUUGAAUGUGCAAGCCCAAGGUCGCUGUGGAACUCGUCGUGCAAGUGAUCGGUGCGGCCUGCGGGCCGGUGCUUGCUCAGUGCAGUCUCCUCGCCACUCUCAUUUCAUCUCACCGAACUUGCGUCUUCCGUCACCCAACCGACCGCAGCCUCAGUCGACGUCCGCGUGCGGGUGCGCAACAUACGCUGUCGCGAGAAGCAAGCACCCGACGCGACCUGUUUUACGCACGACGAAUUGAACGCUGGUACGGCCCUGGUCUGACUUAGUAGUAGUCUGACCGCUUGCGUCGAUGAUUCGAUAUCCCAAGGUCACCAGACUUCGCGAUGAACAUUCCCGCUAUAUAUCCCGUCAUGCAUGCGAACAUCGCGUAACUCUGCUUGCUGCUCUCCAGACUCUCCUGAGGUCCUGAUGUCGGCCCUCCUACGGACUACCUCACGACGGCACUGGACAGGACAACGACGAGCAGCACCUCUCGAUGCGCUGGUCUCUGGGCGGCCAUUAGCAAGUAUCGGUGGAAAGGGAGGGAGCUGGCGAUAUAGCAGUCAAUCCACAGGGCAGAGUGCGUCUAGUAGUGCGCGGUUUACAUCGAACUACUUCUGGGUCGGUGCAUGCGCAUUCGUCGGUGGUGCUGCAGCGAACGCCGUCUUUCAACUCGUGAAGAACAGAGAGCAGCCGCCUGCGACUGGACUGAAUGACAAGUACGGCUCUCCGGAAGACUUCCAGCGGGCAAUUCAAGAGUUGCGGGAUACGUUCCCUGACCAGGACGCAGUGUCGACCGAUCCGGAUGACUUACAUGUGCACGGGUACUCCGAGAACGAUUAUCACCCAGGCUCGUCGCCAAGCGUGGUGGCGUUCCCGAAGUCGACUGAAGACGUAGUGAAGGUUGUGAAGAUCGCGAACAAAUACAAGAUGCCGGUGGUCCCUUACUCCGGAGCUACUAGUCUCGAAGGCAACUACAGAGCCCCCAAGGUCGGUGCUAUAUGCGUCGAUGUGUCUGGCAUGGACACGAUAAUAGAGAUACAUGAGGCCGACUCGGACGUUGUCUGUCAACCGGGUGUUCAUUGGAUGGUCCUCAAUGACACGCUGAAGAAGAAAGGCAUUCCGCUGUUCUUUCCUCUGGAUCCUGCGCCAGGAGCGACAAUAGGGGGCAUGCUGAGCACGGGCUGUUCGGGCACUAAUGCCGUUCGAUACGGUACCGCGAAAAGCGAGUGGUUCCUGAACGCGACUGUUGUUUUACCGAACGGCGAGGUCAUCAAGACCCGGCAGCGCUCGCGCAAGUCGUCUGCUGGAUUCGACACGACGAAGCUCUUCAUUGGCGCUGAGGGUACAUUAGGGAUUAUCACUGAGGUUACAAUCAGGCUCGCUCCUUUGUUGCCGACGUCCGUGGCGGUAGUCCACUUUCCCGACGUGCGGAAGGCCACAGAAGCCGUUUGCGAGGUGAUGAACAAGGGCGUCGGCAUUCAAUGCGUCGAACUGUGUGACGACGACUUCAUGCGCGCCACAAACACCUACGGCAUGUCGCUACGGAAGUACCCGGAGAAAGACAGUCUGUACUUCAAAUUCCAAGGGCCGACGCAGCGGUCGAUCAAGGAGUCGAUGGAUAUUGUCCGCGACAUCACGAAGAAGUACGGUGGUUUUGGGUUCGUAACGGCCAGUAACGACAAGGAGGCUGCGGACUUGUGGAUGGACCGUAAAAAUGCGUUGUACUCGGGGUUGGCGCUCGUUCCUGGGGCUCGCGGCUGGAGUACGGACGUCUGUGUCCCCGUGUCGAGACUACCGGAUCUCGUUUAUGAAACGAAGAAGGAUAUACAGGAUUCCGGUAUUGUAUCGACUAUCGUUGGUCAUGUGGGAGAUGGUAACUUCCAUGCACUCCUAUUGUUCAAGAACGAAGAGGAGCUUGGAACCUGCAAGGAACUCGUGCAUCGAAUGGUGGAGCGCGCGAUCGCGUUGGAUGGAACUUGUACGGGCGAGCACGGAGUGGGUCUCGGAAAACGGAAAUACCUGGUCGACGAGCUCGGCGAGGGCACCGUGGAACUCAUGAAGACGAUCAAACGCACGAUCGACCCGUACAACUUGUUCAACCCAGGGAAGCUCUACCCAGAUGCUUCUCGCGCAAAGAGUAUGAAGCAGGAGCCGCAGCCCAGCGUGGCGCGUUCGGGAUCUGCGAGCGCCUAGCGUCGCCGGACGUACAUAAGAGAAUCACGGAUGCUGUUCUUUGUAGAUUUCUUGGAUAUA